UCGGACUUGAGGCUCUGAAACCUCAUUCAUUUUGACUCACCAGCGCAUCAGAGCUUGUCACUGUGUUGUCUGCAUCUCAGUCCUUAUUCAUCGUUACGCAUAGUUGACCCUUCACCUUGCUACAGCCAUGUGUGACAUGGGUGGACUGGACAACCUGGUGGCCAACACAGCCUACCUGAAAGCACAGAGUCUAGACGACAGGGAGAUGAGGAAACGAAGGCGUAGCCUAGUUCUUCCCCAACUUGCGAACUGUGCAGAAGUCCGUGCAACUACUCCUAAGGACUUUGAGGACAUCUGUGAGCAGCAGCCCAUUGGGAAAACAUGCUUCCGACAGUUCCUUUUAGCCUCCAGUCCAGAAUACCUAGCCGCCGCAGAGUUUCUGGAUGAGUUGAAAGACUGGAGUUUGGCAGAGGCAGGUGCUAAAGACAAAGCCAGGCAGAAUAUCAUUAACAAAUUCUGCAAAGCUGACUCCAAGAGUUUUAUGGCUUAUCUGACAGAGGACAUGGCGGAAAAGUGUAAAGCGGUCUCUGAGAAGGACUUUGAGGAGGUGAUGGUGGGACAGGUUAAAGACGCCACACAAGUGUUUCUAAGAGGAAAACCUUUCACCGAGUAUCAGACCAGCCCGUUCUUUGAUAGAUUCGUGCAAUGGAAGCAAUUCGAGAAGCAGCCCAUCUCUGAUAAAUACUUCUAUGAGUUCAGAACUUUGGGGAAAGGAGGAUUUGGAGAGGUGUGUGCUGUUCAGGUCAAACACACAGGCCAGAUGUACGCCUGCAAGAAGCUGGACAAAAAACGUCUGAAGAAAAAAGGAGGGGAAAAGAUGGCUCUGCUGGAGAAAAAAAUCUUGGAGAAGGUAAACAGCCUGUUUCUGGUGAACCUGGCCUAUGCGUUUGACACGACAACCCACCUGUGUCUGGUAAUGAGUCUGAUGAAUGGAGGGGAUCUGAAGUACCACAUCUACCACAUUGGGGACAUUGGCAUUGAGAUGGAGCGCGUCAUUCACUACACGGCUCAAAUCAUCACCGGUAUCCUCCACCUACAUGCCAUGGAUAUUGUGUACCGGGACAUGAAGCCAGAAAAUGUUCUACUGGACAGUCAAGGCCAGUGCAGGUUGUCAGACUUGGGCCUAGCUGUGGAGCUACCAAAUGGGAAAACCAUCACUCAAAAGGCUGGCACUAAAGGGUACAUGGCGCCAGAGAUCCUGAAGCAGGAACCGUAUCGUACGUCAGUGGACUGGUGGGCCUUGGGCUGUAGCAUCUACGAGAUGGUGGCCGGCCGUCUGCCCUUUAGAGAUCACAAAGAGAAGGUUACUAAAGAGGAAAUAGUAAGGAGAACUCUAGAAGACGAGUGCAAAUUUGAACACAAGAAAUUUGACGCCCCCUCAAAAGACAUCAUCAAUCUUUUUCUGAAAAAGAACGUCGAAGACCGCCUCGGCUGCAAGGAUGACCCACGGAAACACGAGUUCUUCAAAUCCAUCAGCAUCCCUCGGCUAGAGGCGGGGCUUAUUGCACCUCCAUGGGUGCCCAAACCCAAUGUUGUGUACGCUAAAGACACAGGCGACAUCCGGGACUUCUCUGAAGUUAAGGGGGUUGAAUUUGAUGCCAAUGAUGAGAAGUUUUUUAAGGAAUUCAGCACAGGGGCAGUGCCAAUUCCAUGGCAACAGGAAAUGAUUGACAGCGGACUCUUUGAUGAGCUUAAUGAUCCAAACAGGAAGAAAGGGGGAGUGGAUGAUGAUGAUGAACAAAAGUCCAAAUCUUGCACUCUUCUGUGAUAGAGCAAGAAUAUCUUGCACAAACAAAUUUUUUUUUAAAGAUUUUUCUGUA